UUCAGAGAUGUUUCUAGCAGUAGCGUUACUUGUAAUAGUUCUCGGACUGCUAGCAUAUCUGGAUAGCCGAAAACCGAAAAAUUUCCCACCAGGGCCUAGAUGGUGGCCUCUCAUUGGCUCAGCGUUCGAAAUCAUGGAGGCCAGGAAACGUACCGGGUACCUUUUCCAAGCCACCGCCGAAAUGGCCGAGAAGUACGGGCCUGUGCUGGGCCUGAAGUUCGGCAGAGACAAGCUGGUGGUCGUUUAUGGGCCAGAGGCGGUUAAGGAGUUUUUGUCGUCUGAGGAUUUGUCCGGGAGACCUCACGACGACUUCUACAGGAUGAGGACGUUUGGAAAACGAAGAGGUAUCAUCCUUGUGGACCAAAACUUCUGGACGGAGCAAAGAAGAUUCUUGCUUCGUCACUUAAGAGAGUUUGGUUUCGGACGAAAAACCAUGUCUUCUAUGAUUGAAGAUGAAGCCGCUCAUUUGGUGACUUACUUGAAGGAAACCAUAGUAAAAAAUGAUUCGGUGGUUUUCAACGUUGAAACAUUGUUUAACGUACCGAUUCUGAAUACAAUUUGGAAGAUGAUGGCGGGGGUUAGGUACCAUCCAGACGACAAAAACAUGCAAGAACUUCUGGCCAUAAUGGCCAAGUUAUUCGGUACCGUCGACAUGACCGGGGCUCUAUUCAGCAGAUUUCCCAUUUUAAAGUACAUCGCCCCUGAAAUGUCCGGGUACAACAUUAUGGUGGAACUGCACGUACGGAUGUACGAAGUGAUAGGUAAAAUGCUGGAGGAGCACAAGAGGACGCACAACCCUGACGAUCCCAGGGAUCUAAUGGACGUGUAUUUGACAGCCCUGAAAUCCGAGAAUCCCGGCAGAAGUUUCUCCGAGCAGCAACUCAUGGCCAUUUGCUUGGACAUGUUCAUGGCCGGAUCUGAAACCACAAGCAACUCUUUGACCUUCGGUGUACUCCACCUGAUGUUGAAUCAAGAGGCGCAAAAUAAAGCUAGAGAGGAAAUUGACAGGGUCAUUGGAAAGGAACGAAGGCCCACUCUUGAUGAUAGACCACUGAUGCCUUAUUUGGAGUGCGUGGUAUUCGAAACACUGAGGAUGUUUGGUGGUAGAGUUUUAACCGUCCCACAUAGAGCUCUUAAAGAUACCCACCUAAAUGGAUACUUUAUUCCUAAGGACGUUCAAGUGAUAGCAAACCUUCACGGUUGCAUGAUGCGGCCUGAAAACGGCUUCGACGAUCCUGAAGCCUUCAAGCCUGAAAGGUACCUGAAAAACGGUAAAAUCCACCUACCGGAAACUUACAUGCCUUUCGCCAUGGGCAAACACAGGUGCAUGGGCGAAACCAUGGCAAGAGCCAACGUUUUCCUAUUUUUAACCACCAUGAUACAAAACUUUGAGUUCAGUGUUGUUCCCGACAGUCCGCCGGAUAUGAAAAUGGUGGACGGGGUCACUCCCGGAAUGAAGCACUUCAAAGCCAGGGUCGUUCCCAGGAUGUUAUAAGUUUGUUUAUUAGUUUUAGGAGGGCUCAAGAUAACCACUUUUUAUUUAUCUAUAGGUGCAAAUUUUUAAUUAUCUUAAUUAAAAAAUACAAAUAUGAGAAACAGAUAUUUUAAAUUCACUAAAUUAAAA